AUGCUCGCCUCCCGGGGUGUCGGCUUCAUCGCAUUGAACAUCCAGUGUGAGAACGAGGAGAAGUGGUUUCGCAGAUGGGAGCAAGAGAAAGCAGAGAUGCAAAAGGCCGAAGCAGAGGCAAUGGCCAAAAUGGAGGCGCUGCUGCAGAGUCAGAAAUCCGAAGCUGAUGAAACGAAGAGCGCCUCUGAGAAGAGUCGGCCACCCACCGGCUCGGUCAAGUCCGGGAAGUCGGCGAAGUCGACCUCUUGA